AAGAAGAAGAGAACAAGACAAAAGAGGAAAAACAAGAGAGUAGAUAGAGACGGGAGGGAGGCUGGGUCAGAGAGAGAGACACAGAGUGCAAGUAUACACAGUAUAAAGAGAGAGAGACUGUCAGCAGAGCAUUCACUUCCCAGAGGACAGAGCCUGAGAGCGAGACAGACUGCUGAGAAGUUCAGUCGGGCAAAAUGCUGAGGAGGAGGAGAAGCGUUUCAUUUGGUGGAUUUGGAUGGAUUGACAAGUCCACUUUGUCUGCGCUGAAAUCACGGAAACAGGAGCUGCUGAACAUUACCAACGUCCCUCUGGGAGAAUGUCCCCCCUCACCGCCCCGCACUGCACCGCCCAGCAUGAAGUCUGCAGAGUUCUUCGAUAUGCUGGAGAGGAUGCAGGAUGACUACAUCCCCUACCCAAGGAUAGAAGAUGUCCUGGAGAAAGGUGGUCCCUACCCCCAGGUGAUCCUGCCACAGUUCGGUGGUUACUGGAUUGAAGAUGUGGAGGCUCCAGCCGGGACCCCGUCUUCCUCAGAGUCCAGUUUCUGUGAGGAGGAGGACGGAGGAGAGGGCAUGAGCCCCGGUGGGGGGCACAGCUACCGCCUGGAGUGUAACAGCACAGCCCGCGCCUACCGCAAACACUUCCUAGGCAAGGAACAUAUGAACUAUUACUGCACUGGCAGCAGCAUAGGAAACCUCAUCAUGUCUCUGAAACACGAGGAGGCUGAGGGACAGGAGUUCCUACGCAUCAUGCUCAGGUCGAGGAUCAAAACAGUCCAUGACAGGAUCUCUUUAGCAGGCAUCAACCAGCUGCCCAGUGUACCGCAGAUUGCCAAGCUUCUGUGUGACGAUGCCACGGGGCUGAGGUUCAACCCCGUCCUGUACCCUCGGGGAUCCCAGUUGAUGGUGGCUUAUGAUGAGCACGAGGUGAACAACACCUUCAAAUUUGGAGUCAUCUACCAGAAGUUUGGACAGACAUCAGAGGAACAGUUGUUUGGGAACAAUGAGGAGACGCCAGCUUUCAAGGAGUUUGUCAGUAUCCUGGGUGACAAUAUUGAACUUCAGGACUUUAAAGGGUUCCGCGGUGGGCUGGAUGUAUCCCACGGACAGACAGGGUCUGAAUCUGUCUACACUGUGUUCAGACGGAGAGAGAUUAUGUUCCACGUGUCAACCAAGCUUCCCUUCACUGAGGGAGACGUCCAGCAGCUCCAGAGGAAAAGGCACAUAGGAAAUGACAUUGUGGCUGCGGUCUUCCAGGAAGACGCCACACCGUUUGUUCCAGACAUGAUCGCCUCCAAUUUCCUGCACGCUUACGUGCUGGUGCAGGUUGAGAACCCCUGUACGGAGCACACAACAUACAAGGUGUCUGUUACAGCGAGGGAAGACGUGCCUCCUUUUGGACCUCCUCUUCCGAACCCAGCUGUCUUUAGGAAGGGUCCUGAGUUUCGAGACUUCCUGCUGACAAAGCUGAUCAAUGCUGAAAACGCCUGCUACAAAUCCGACAAAUUCGCCAAACUAGAGGGGCGAACGCGUGCUGCGCUGCUCGACAACCUCCACGACGAGCUUCACAGACAGAGCCAGGCCACGCUGGGUCUGGGACAGCCGGGAGAGGAGGACAAGCUGGAGAACGGGGGACACGGGGGUCUGCUCGAGUCCUUCAAGAGAGCCAUGCGUGUCAGGAGCCACUCCAUGGAGACAAUGGUGGGGUCUAACCGUCACAGGAGCCCCGGGGUAGGAGGUGGGGUCCCGGCCAGCGUGAGCGGAGGAGGGCUGCCGCAGAGCACCAGCGAAUGCACAAAGAGCACCUUCACCGAGAAGCCUAAUUCUAUAAUCUGUGAUCUUCAGCCUCCGGUGUUGUCAGCCAAGUCUCCUCUGAAGAGCCCAGUGAAGAGGCGCUCAGGCCUCUUCCCUCGUCUCCACUCCAGCACAGAAUCCCCAUCAGAUAAACACUCACGCAGCGACCAAAAGUCUGCAGAGUUCUGCCCGCUGUACCAAGAGAUGAGGUCGGAGACGUCAUCCAAUCCCAGCUCGCCUGAGAUUUGCCCCAACAAAGAGAGGCCGUUCGUCAAGCUGAAGGAGUGCAGCAGCAGCAGCAGCAGGCCGAACAUCUCACGCUCUUCAUCUAGCACCAGCAGCUUCAGCAGCACCACGGGGGAAACGGAAGCUCUGGAAGAACUGGAGACAGCCAGCCAUCCCUCGAUAACCUCCUCAUCCGCCUUUAGCCCUUCCCUCAGCGUCGACAGCCAGGGAUCAGGUACUCCUGUCAUCAUGUGCCGCAGUCCAACAGAUGUAAAAAGCAAGACUUCACCGAGGUCAAACCUGAAGUUCCGCUUUGACAAAAUGAGUCACUCAUCCACAACUUCUGAGUAGCUCUGUGAAAUGGAAACACCAGACUUGCACAACAAAGGCACGGAGCGGGUCGAUGGAGCUGCAAACAGAAAAAUAUCACAACAACAACCACGAAAAUCAGCAUAGAACCACUUCCAUACGCCAAGGAUGAUCUGCUAAGAUUACCAACUGCAUCACACACUAUAAACUAACUGACAAUACUGUGAGUGUAUAGUGAACAGAAGCAGCUGCCAUGUUGGCUUUCUUUUUUUUUAUCCGACCUUAGACUACAGAAAUCAGUCAAUACUUUCCGCCAAUGUUACAAGUUGCUGCAUCUCAGUUGUUAAUUGUUCACAUCACAUGAGAGUCCAAGCAUGGCUGUAAUACUGUGAGUGUAGGCCGAACCAGACUCUGCCUCAGCUUUAUUCCCAAGCAUCUCGUUUUAAUGGUGAGACACGGUGAAUUAGAAGAACGGUAACAUGAGACUAUGGCCGAACUGUUACUCUUUUAUCUAGUCCCCUGCUGAGUGCUCAGUGGAAAAGGCGUCUUUGAGAAUUUUCAGACAUCAGGAUGUUCCGCUUUCUUUUUGCCUUUUCCUUUGAACGGUACGUCUGGCAACAGUUCCUCUUUCUGCCUAAAAUAACUAAGCGGUCACACAAACAAACACACGCACAGUAACAUAACGUAGACUUACAGUAGCAGCGUUUUUGGAGGUGACAAGGUGGGGAGUCUCAACUCUCCACUGUAGGAUCUGAGCUUGUUCUUUGCAUAUAAAAACGCUUUUCUAGGGAACACCUUUGAUUUUCGAGAUGCUUUUUGUAACCUUGCUAGCUGCUGCAUUGUGUCUACUGCACUAUAAACACAUCAAUGCUGAAACUAAGUCAAUACAUGUGGCAGCAUUUCUGUACCUGUGAGGGUACCUUCAUAUCCUUGAACUCAAGUGCUUGGUUAGUGGAAAUUAGCUCAUACGGGGCACAGUAGGAAAAACUGCCGACACAUUUUGCCAUAAGCUUAUUUUAGCCAAAGCUGCGCCCUACAAUCUAUGAAAAGCCUUUUACACCCCUGAUGCUCUCUCUUUCUCUCUCUCUUUCUCUCUGUCUCUGUCUCUGUCUCUCCUUGUCUGUCUCCCUCACUAUGUGAGAGGACAAGAAUCUUCUGGAUCUGGUUACAGCACAGCUGUGGGUAGCCGAUCCACACCCACAUUUGCUGAAAAUAGACGUUGCACUGACGUUUCACCUUUCGAUACCUCCCAUUGAAGCUUGCUAGCUCGGUGUAUCUGUCUAUGUUCAGUGGAACUUUUCGAACGGGAAACUCUCCCGGGUUUUAAGUUUCCCACCAUGCGAGCUGAUGAAGAAGACUUGAAAAAAGAUGCUUCAGGUUAAACAAACCUUUGAACCACACUUUGGCAAAAACUCUUUGAAUGUGAACCUUUUUUUGACGCUUUGUUAGUUGUUAGUACAAGGUCUCUUGGAAGUAAUUUGCAAAGCCAGCUGCUUACGAACCCAACGGGACUAAAGGUCUACUCUUGUCCUAAGCUAUACCAGAACAUUAGCCUGAAGCUGCACAAAGUAGAAGUUAUCAAAGCAAAGUGGGAGGGUGCUAAUCAAGAAGAAAAAAAAGCUUGCAGACACACAGAUGUGUUUCCAAUGUGACCAAACAACCAAGCUGGUAGGUCUUUGGAUUAAUGUCUGUGUACUCUUCCUGUGGGGAGAAGCAUUCCUGGAUGGCUUGACAGUGUGUGAAGUUCUGUCAUGUGAAACUCAAAUCCCAGAGGAAGAGGUUAGCUCACCCAAAUAACAAAAAAUAACUUUGCAAGGAUGCUGUUAUCAGCGUUGGCUAACACACACUGUGCUCAGUAAGGGAUGGCCAGUGAUUACCUCGAGCAAAGGAAGCAGGGACAGAAAUCACACAAAAGCAGGAAGUUCAGGUGUCAUUUAGUUUGUAGCAGGUAGAGUGUCGCCUAAACGCCCUGCAGCCUUUCCUCUGUUAAUAUGCUUAAUUUAUUGAAAUGAUGACUUCUUUUGCGUUGAUGUCAUGUAAAAAAACGUAACUGCAGAGUAUGCUAAUAAAUAAGGUAAAAAGAUUAAAGGAAAAUAUAUUAAUUUAAAAGAUGUCUAAAAAUGUAUAUGUAUAUUUGGUUAUGUAACGUGCCAUUGAGAAUUUAUUCUAAAAUAAAAUGUUGUAUUUUGUGUCA